CGCUAAAAUUCGUAGUUAAAGUAUUCAUUGUAACUGAAAUGAACACAUUAGCUAGUGGAUGUAUGCAUUCACGGGCUGCUUCUAGUCAGUGGGUUGUGUGUUAAAUCCGUUGAUUAAAUCGUUAAAUUUGCCGUGAAACCUUAAACCUAACCUCUUUAUUCGCGAUGCACUGUGUGCUGUUGGCUGUUGCUCAAUCUGUGCUGUUUGAGAGAGUAUUCCCUGGCUGAUUGUUGUUGUUUUUUUAUUCGUGCUGCACCGUGUGCUUCAAUCUGUUGCUGUUUGAGAGAGUAUACACUGGCUGAUUGUUGGAUGGUAAUUUUAGCCAUAAAUAUAAAAUGGAUAAACAAGCAAUGAAAGAUAAAUUCUACCAAUAUAUUAAGAAUACUCCACAAAAAGCUAACGGCUUUCGUAUUACUACGGAAAGAUAUACUCAACUAAUAAGUGAUGUUAAAUUCGCUAAAUCUGCUCAGAAAAAAGAAAAUCGUCACUUCUGGUUACUAAAACAUUAUGAUACAGUGUAUGUGGGUAAUGUGGAUAAACUAAUUGCACCAAUAGCAGAUGAAAAAGUGCUGUAUUAUGUUACUGUUGAAGAAUUGUUUGAAGUUUUAUAUGAAACUCAUUUAUCAAUUGGACAUGGAGGACGAGACAGAAUGAAAAAGGAGCUUAACCUUUGCUUUAAAAAUAUAACAGCACAAGAUAUUCAAACAUUUUUAAAUAAUUGUGAAGUGUGCCUUAAAAAAAGGGCGAAUGAAAAGAAAGGCUUGGUGGUUAAGCCAAUGGUGUUUUCUCAUUUUAAUUCAAGAUGUCAAGUAGAUUUAAUUGACUUCCAAUCACAGCCAGAUGAUAAUUAUAAAUUUAUAUUGGUGUACCAGGACCACUUAACAAAGUUUGUCAUUCUUAGAGCCCUUAAGAAUAAGACAGCUGAUGAAGUUGCUGAUCAACUCCUUCAAAUUUUUUUACUAUUUGGGGCACCAUCUAUUUUGCAAUCGGACAAUGGCCGAGAAUUUGUUAACCACGUCAUUGAUGAUUUGAAAGGUUUAUGGCCUGAAUUAAAAAUUGUGCAUGGGAAGCCACGCCACAGCCAGUCUCAAGGCAGUGUGGAGCGUGCGAAUCAAGAUAUUGAGAAUAUUUUAACCGCAUGGAUGCAACAUAAUCAAACUAGUAAUUGGAGUAGAGGACUGGGUUAUGUGCAGUUUAUGAAAAAUCGAGCCCUUCACGCUGGUAUAAAGCGAAGUCCUUACGAGGCAAGGUUUGGACAACCCGCCAAGGUCGGCCUUACCUCUUCUUCCCUACCACAUGAGGUAUUAAGCAGUAUAAACAGUGAAGAAGAUUUGGAAAAUAUUCUUAAAAAUAUCAACUGUAAUGAAGAAAGUGUCCAGGAGAUUCCACGAGUUGAAGUUAUUGCGGAAGAGGAUCUAGAUCUAGAAUCAGAUAAUGUGCAGACAAAUUGUGCAACUCCAAAUGUCAUGGAAGUUUAAAUUGUGCAAACAAAUAACGUUUUUUACUAAUUUUACUUAUGUUUAUGUUUCAAAUUAUUCUUUCUAUUAUAUUGUAUUUUUUUAGCUAAGUAAAGUUAAGUAAACACUUACUGUACGCUAUACCCUCACAAUAUCGCCAAAACGAUAUUUUUACUAAACCAUUGCAAGUCAAUGCAAGUAUUUGUCAAGCCUGAUGUGGAUAGCUAUUUCGACCAUUAGAGGUCUCAUCAGCACACCUACUGGCUUGACAAUUGUAUUUUUUUGCUUUAUAUUUAUAGCUUUUCUAUUUUUAUGUUAUAACUAGUUAACCGGGCAAACGUUGUUUUGCCAUAUAAAUUAUUUCUAGUUUCUAGAUAAAUUUUAGUGUAGACAAAAAGUAACUUACUUAUUAUAAAAAAUAGGGGUUGGUGAUAAGAAACCAAAAAUUUAGGGUUGUAUGUAUAUUUUAAUGCCACAUUAAAAAAAUAAAAACAAAAAAUUUCUACCAAAAUUUUAAAAAAAUUAAGGGUGAACAACCCUUAUCACUUAGAGAUAUGAAGUUACCGAUUCUCAGACCUACUGAAUGCGCAUAUAAUAAUUUUCUUUGAGCGGGAUGAAAAAUGAUUAAAUUACUAAAAUGGCUAUAAAGAAAUAGGGGUUGGUGAUAAAAAACUAAAAAUUUAGGGUUGUAUGUAUUUUUUAAUUCCACAUUCCAAAAAAAAUAAAAACAAAAGAAUUUGUCCAAAAAUUUAAAAAAAAGUUAAGGGUGAACAACCCUUAUCACUUAGGGGUAUGAAAAAUAGAUGUCAGCCGAUUCUCAGACCUACUGAAUACGCAUAUAAAAUUUGGUAAAAAUCGGUAAAGCCGUUUCGGAGGAGUAUGGAAACAAACACUGUGACACGCAAAUUUUAUAUAUAUAGAUUAGCUUUAGUGCAAUCAUCAUCGAGUCAAUUAUUAAUUCAUUUUUUCGCAUAUAUUUUACUUAAUAUUAUAACCUAUUUACGUUGUUCAAACUUUUGUUCUAAAUUAUUAUGUGUUUCAAUUUAAAACUAAAAUUUUUAUUUAAUAUAACCUAGUUUUACUGUUCAAACUUAA